AUGUCUCCCUCAACCAUGACUUUCCAUGAACGCAACCAGUUCUCUGGAAAUACUACUGGAGAGAAAUCCCUCGCCAGAGAUAUCACUAUCCCCACCAGCUUCAAGUCCCGUCACCACUUGAAGAAAACCCACGAAAAGGUCCUCACCAACAUCAAGGUGAAGCGAGAUAAGUUCAGAACCAUGGAAGCCAGAGACAUCCGUCACAACUCUGAGGACUUUGACGAGACAUCACGCAAGUCCAAGGUGGCAGUCGAGAAGAUGUCGACCGCAAUCACUCACUUCUACGAUGACCGCGCAGAAGGUCUCUACCAGCGGAGACAGCAAGCUUACGAUGCUCUCCAAGGAGAGGAGAAUAAGUUUGAGCACUUUCUCGUCACGCUUCGAUAUAGCGCUGGCCUUCGUGUCUGGUGGAUGAAUCAACGCAAAGACGCAAAGAUCCAGGAGUUGCAGGAUGCUAUCGACAAGCUUCACAUGUCUUGCUUCAUGGCUAGGUUGACGGAUGGGGGCAAGGAGCCCAACAACGCUUUUACCUUUGCUUAA